CUUGUCGUGAAUCCCGAUUUCAUUUAUUGCCCGCCGUUGAACUACUCAUAUUCCAAUCAUGGCGGACGGAAUCGACAGACGCGCCGAGGAGCGCAUGGAGUUUAGCACCUCCAAGGAGGUGACGGUGGCGCCCACCUUUGAGGAUAUGCACCUGAAGGAGAGCCUGCUUCGUGGAAUUUACGCUUACGGAUACGAAUCGCCUUCGGCCGUGCAAUCGCGUGCGAUUGUUCAGAUCUGCAAAGGUCGUGACACCAUUGCCCAGGCCCAGUCCGGUACUGGUAAAACCGCUACAUUCGCUAUCAGUACUUUGCAGGUCAUUGAUACUGUUGUGCGCGAGACUCAAGCUCUGGUCCUGUCCCCGACUCGUGAACUCGCAACCCAGAUUCAAUCCGUCGUCAUGGCUCUCGGUGAUUACAUGAACGUUCAGUGUCAUGCCUGUAUCGGAGGUACCAACAUUGGCGAGGAUAUUCGCAAGCUCGAUUACGGCCAGCACGUUGUUUCCGGAACUCCUGGUCGUGUGGCCGAUAUGAUCCGUCGCCGAAACCUGCGCACUCGCCAUAUCAAGAUGCUCGUUCUCGACGAGGCUGAUGAGCUCCUCAACCGCGGUUUCCGUGAACAAAUUUACGAUGUCUACCGCUACCUGCCCCCCGCGACGCAGGUCGUUGUGGUGUCUGCUACACUCCCAUACGAUGUGCUGGAUAUGACGACCAAGUUCAUGACGGAUCCCGUUCGUGUCCUGGUCAAGCGUGACGAGUUGACCCUGGAGGGUAUUAAGCAGUAUUUCAUUGCUGUGGAGAAGGAGGAGUGGAAGUUCGACACACUUUGCGAUCUUUACGACACCCUGACCAUCACCCAGGCAGUCAUCUUCUGCAACACCCGCCGCAAGGUCGACUGGCUCACCGACAAGAUGCGUGAGGCCAACUUCACUGUUUCCAGCAUGCACGGCGAGAUGCCCCAGAAGGAGCGUGACAGCAUUAUGCAAGACUUCCGCCAGGGUAACUCUCGUGUCCUCAUCUCCACUGAUGUGUGGGCCCGUGGUAUCGAUGUCCAGCAGGUCUCCCUUGUCAUUAACUACGAUCUUCCUACCAACCGCGAGAACUACAUUCACCGUAUCGGUCGAAGUGGUCGUUUCGGCCGCAAGGGUGUGGCUAUCAACUUUGUCACUAGCGAUGAUGUCCGUAUCCUGCGUGAUAUCGAAUUGUACUACUCCACCCAGAUUGAUGAGAUGCCAAUGAACGUUGCGGACUUGCUUUCAUAAUCGCCUUAUUGGAUCUUGUAUCUACAAGAUCUUUCUUCAAUCGACUCGGCAGCAGCAUUUCUGAGCUUCUUGAAUCGGUUGGGUUCUGCGUGCGUGGUUGGAUAUGACUCAAAACUUGACAUACCGGGAGAAAAGGGCAAAUGCAAUGCCAGCCCUAGCGUGGAGGAAAGGGAUACAUACGUAUCAGAUAAGAAUGCCAAUCAACUUGUACAUCCCUGGCGGUGUUUACGAUUCUGUUUAUUUCAAAAUUUGAGAUCGAGGGGCCUCAGUAGUAGCCUCCUUCAGUCCUCGGAGUUUCGUUUGCUUUAAUCUUUGAUAUUGGGAAUUAUGAAUGAUGGAAUCAAAUUUACUUUCAAUAUUGCACCACCUCUCUCGUAGAGCAGCCCUGACACA